UGCGUUAUAACUCCGAGCUGAGCACAAGUUGUAUGAUAUGGAAAUGAAAUUUAUACGCGAAAUUGACCCACAUUACAGCAUUUUCGAGCGUCAACACAUUCAGUGUGCAUGCGCAGACGUCGCUGCAUAAAGAAGUUGAACGGCAAACUUUUUUAGUGUAUCCACGUAGAAAACUGACUGUCUAAUCAUACUCAGAGCACGAUGGCUAACAAACAGCAGCUCAGGAACUCAAUUAAAAUUAAACGAUGUCGUGAGGAUCUUGUGCAGGGGCUUGAUGAUGUGACUAUAAAAAACAUGGUUGAUCAUUUUUUAUCUCAAUCGUUUAUCACCUCCGAGGAAAAGAAUGUAAUUCAAGCAAAAGAGACUGAACAAGAAAAAGCUCGGAAAUUACUAGACGUUAUUCACCGCAAAGUGGAAAGCCAGGAUAAACAGAAUAAGUCAAAAUUAUUCAAUGGAUUUGUGAAAUGUCUAAGAGAACAUAACCCGAGUUUAGCAACAACCGUGGAAAAUGCUGAUGACAGUGUGCCGAAUGACGAAAGUGUGCCGAAUGACGAACUUGACAUAGAUAAUAUCCUUGAACGUGUUAAAAAUAUAGAUUUGAAUGAGAAAAUGUUAAAUCGUAUUUUGAUGCGUAUGGGCUCUGGAUGGGAAUCUGUUGCUUCUGAAUUAGGUAUAGAGAGCAUAAAAAUUGAUAAUGUUAGGCAAGACAACCCAUACUGCACACAUAACCAGAAGUUUGAGGCAUUUAAUUCCUGGAGAAAAAAACAAGCCCAUGGGCGUGGUGCAUUAAAAAAACUUAUAAAAGCCAUCUAUUACUGUUCUGUUAAUUGCAAUGUAAACAUGAAUAAAAUACUUGAAUGUAUUGAAGACCCUUAAAAAGAAAAGAAGGAAGAAUAACGCGCAGUUUUUACAAUGUUGUAUGUUAAUAUAUUAAAAAAAAUACAGUUUUUCCGAUACACUUUUUGAUAUGGACAUAAAGAAUCGACACUUCAAAAAUGAAAUUAUCCUACACUAAACGGCAUAAUUCUUGCGUUGUGGACUGAUAUUAAACAUCGACAUGCGAAAAGUGAAAUAAUGCAUUAUCAACAGACAUUAUAUUUCAAUUAUUGAAUCCUUUUCAACGGACAGAUUACUUUCGACUUUCACUUUGGGAAGUUGCCGUCUUAAAGUAACAUCAUGUCAAACGCGGAAGUAUGCGACUCUUUCCUUCAUUAUUUUUAUUGUCGACUAAAACUCUUCACUUUUUGAUGUUUACAUAAAAUUUUUCUAUGAUAAAAAUAUAUAUUAUUUUGCUUUAGUAUCAACCGCUAUAAUUUCAUUUAAUUCUAUACAUAUUUUAUAACCCUAAAUUUAAUAGAAAUGAAGACUGUCUUAUUUAGAGGUAACUCUCUAAGGAAACAACGAACUUCAACGCAAUGAUAUAACAUUUUGGAACUUAUUCUGGGCGAUCCAUCGGUAUAGGUACACACGUGACUUUGUUUAGAUUUCUGAAGAUAAGAGAAACCCUUUUCUCCCACCACUAACCCUAACACAAACUCUAAAAAAAAAACAACACUUUCUUGAAAUGUAUCCGGUAUUUAUACCGAAGUUAUGCUAUUAUUCUGUAUUGUUGAUAAUAAACUUGCUGAAAUGGUAA